AUGCAGGGGGGUUGGGGCCCAAACCAAGCUCUGCAAAAUCCUGGUCCGAAGAGAAGGCCCAAUGCAGGUGGGCCAAACCAAGCUCUGCAAAAUCCUGGUCCGAAGAGAAGGCCCAAUGCAGGUGGGCCAAACCAAGCUCUGCAAAAUCCUGGCCCGAAUAGAAGGGCCCAAGCUGGGGGGUACAAACCAAGCUCUGCAAAACCUGUUCAAGAAAGAAAGGCCCAAUGCCGGUGGGCCCCAAACCAAGCUCUGCAAAAUCCUGGGUCCCGAGAGAAGCCCAAUGCAGGUGGUUCGAAAACCAAUGGCUCUGCAAAAUCCCUGGUCCGAAGAGAAGGCCCAAUGCAGGUGGGGCCAACCAAGCUCUGCAAAAAUCCUGGGCCGAAGAGGAAAGCCCAAUGCUUGGUUGGGGCCCCCCAAAACCAAGCUCUGCAAAAUCCUUGUACGAAGAGAAGGCCCAAUGCGGGUGGCCAAACCAAAGCUCUUGCAAAAUCCUGGUCCGAAAGAGAAGGGGGGGCCCCCAAUGCUGGGGGCCCAAACCAAGCUUGGCUCAAAAUUCCUGGUCCGAAUAGAAGGCCCAAUCAGGUGGGUCAAACCAAGCUCUGCAAAAUCCCUGGUCCGAAGAGAAGGCCCAAUGCAGGGGGUUGGCAAAACCAAGCUCCUGCAAAAUCCUGGUUCGAAGAGAAGGCCCAAUGCUGCCAAAACCAAGCCUGCAUCCUGUCCGGAAGGAAGGCCCAAUGA